CUAAAAUUUGACAACUUUUUUGGCGAAAAAAAUGGAUUCAUUUAUAACCUCUUCACAUUCUAAUCUAAAUCCCUCUAUGGAUGAAAAAUGUAUUAUGCAUCCAAAAUCUUUAGAGAAACCGAUGAUGCCUAAUAUUAAAUUUAGUAAAAAUAUUUGGGAACAUGUUAAAAAUCAAUAUCCUGAUGCAAAAAUUUCUGAAAUUAAUCAAAUUAUUGGUCAAAUGUGGCGAGAUUUAAAUAUGAAUGAAAAACAGGAAUAUUUUGAUCGAUAUGAAAUUGAAAAGAAUGAAUAUGAAAAAAAUAUGAAAUUAUACCAAAAUUCUUCAUCUUAUCAAUCAUAUUUGGCAAUAAAGUUAAAAGAAGAAUCAGAUUUUAAUAGUUCAAUGAUAUCCUCUAUGAAUCAGGUUAAUCCAAACAAUCAUUACAGUUCUUCACAGAUCUUUGGAAAUGGAGAAUCAAUGAAUUCAUCUAUGACAGGAGUAUAUGGAAUGUCACACCAAUAUAAUAAUCAAAAUAUUUUGAACACCGCUGAUAAUUUAACUUCUCGUUUAAUGAAUAAUGACCAUUUUAUGGCAAAUCAACCACCUUUUGCUACUCAAACAAGUAAUGAAUUUAAUAUACCCUUUUCACCAUAUACCACCAAAUAUAUGGGGCCUAUGCUGAUAAAUAAUUCUGCAUAUAUAAGUAAUUCUCCAAAAUUACAAUCCCUUUCUUAUGAAUCUAAAUUUCCCAACAAUUAUAAUAAUAGUAUCCCUUUGCCACCUUCGCAUCCAAUAAAUUAUAAUAUUGCAAAUCACCAACAACACAUUCCACCUAUUAAUAAUCCAAUACAUCUUAAAAACAGUAAUCCAAAUAUACAGCCUAAUAAUUUUUAUCAGCCAUCUAGGCCACCUGGAGUGCCUCCAUUUGUGCAUAACCAGCAACAUGGCAGUACUGACUCUAAGCUUAACAAUAUGAUAGGCUCUAUAUAUCCACAUCCACCUUCUGAACCAAUAUUUAUUCAUCCUCAAGCCCCAUCUUACAUAAAUUCUUAUAAUCAAAAUGUACCACCAAACAUAGCACAUAUUAAUCAAAACCAUUUUCAAGCUAAUGCCCCUAUAGAGUCCUUGCAAUAUUCACAUCAUCAACAUCCACCCCCACCCCUUAAUGCACCGCGACCUCAAGCUCCCAAUAUUUCACAAUAUCAAGCACACCCAAUUGUUCCCACCAUGCAGCAAAUAAAUUCACUACAAUCUAUUAGCUCAAUGAAUAUAGGCAAUCAAAUAAAUGUAGUUACUCCUUCAUUAGAACGUAUGCCUCACAUGGCACCACCAUUUCCUAAUAGGCCUCUCUCCAAUAAUUUAGGCAGUAGCACCUAUUUAACAUCACAUUUAACAAUGAAUAAUGUGCCAACAUCAGUUCAUCUAAAUAGCAGCCUUUUUACUGAUGAGGGAAUUAGUGAUUUUGAUUAUGAAGAUCUUCUGACCUCCUCUAACCCUACUCCCUUACCUCUUGGCUCAAACAAUUCCAAUUCUCAAACAUACCUGAUAGGGAUAGAUGAUAGUUUUGAAAAAUAUUCAAAAAGAAUUUCUAGUUACAGAUUUAAUAGGAAUACAAGAUUGAUGCUUGAAAUUUUUUCUGAAGUUUGUGUGCCAGAUACUAGAACCAUUGUGACUAGUCAAAGGAUGGCUGUUCUUAAAAGGCAAGUUCUAUCACUCAAUUCUCAUCAAAAAAAGCUUGAAACAGAAUUAGAUGACAUCAAACAAAAAUUUAAAAUUAAAAAAGAUUUGAUCAAAUCAUCAUCUGAAGCAUUUCAUAAAAAGCUUCAACAAAAUUGUCAAUUCAAGCCAAUGGAUGAAAUGUAUGGCCAAAUAGUGAUGAGAAUGAGAGAACAAUUCCAGAAGCAACUAUCCAGUGAAAGGGAACUGCGGGAAAUGGAUACUAGGCCAUCACUUUCUCAGUCUGACAGCAUCAUAAUCCCCAGUCAUCAAUCGGAAGAGAAUACUCAUCACAUUCAAUUAGACUAUUCUUCUAACAAUGAUGUUUCUACCAAUCAAGAUCAGUCAUUACCUAUCAAAAAUAAUAUAUCAGAACACAACCAAAAUUUUAACAAUAAAAUGGAAAUUCGAAAUGAAAUGGAUGUUAACGAAGAUGUAACCCAGUCUCACAACAAUAUAUGUUUGAUGCCAGGGGAGGAAUCUAAUGAAGAACUUACUAAUUGCAAACAAACUGAUCUUAUUUCAUCUACCGAUCCAAUAUGCUCUAACAUAGGUGAUCAAAAUGCCCAAAUAACCAACAGUUAUGACAAUACAAACAGUUGUUCAGGUAAUGAAGAGACAAAUGAUGGAAAUGGAGAUAGUAUAGGAACAAAUUACUUUGAAACUCAUACAAAUUUUACCAAUUUUACUGAGGACAUUAAUAGCACAACGCAUAGGAGUGUAGAACAUGUUGAGGUCUCAAGCAAUGAAACUUACUCUGGUGUUGUUAACAGUCCUAGAGAUAACGAAAACGAGAAAGAGGUAUGUGAUAGUAGUAGUUCUACUAAUGUUGGUAUAAACAUCGGGCAAUGUUCUGGAUCAUACAACACCUAUAAUACUUAUGCACAAGAUUCUUCAACUUUAACAGAAGACAUAGUCGAUUCAACUUCAUAUGUUAAUGUUAUGAGUCAUGAUCCGAGUUCCCAUAAUAUGUCAUACAUGGCUAACACUUCGCUCGAAAGUGAAGAGAACCAUCAAUCUCCUUCAACUACGGAUAAUUUAUAGACUUAUUUUUACAUUUAAAUAUAACAUAUUUUUAUAUUGUUAUGUUUAUUUUAAUUUAAAUAUAACCUAUUAUUAUAUUGUUAUGUUUAUUUUAAUUUAAAUUAUUUUAUAUAUCAUUUUUU